AUGAGGAGUAUAACUCGUUUUGUCUUUCUAAAGGAGAGGUGGCGUGUCUGAGAGAGGAGCUGGAGGAAGUGACAACCAAGAGAGAAAGGUGCGAGGAGGAGAGUGAGGCGCUGAAAGAGAAGAUGGAACGACUGACAGAGGAGGUGGAGGAGCUGAGGAGAACAAGGACGGAAGAGAAGGAAGAGGGAAAGAAGGAGAGAGAGGCCUGGCAAAGAGAAAGGGAAGGUCUGAAUGAGGAGUUGGGGACGAGGGAUGGAGAGGUGGAGGCCCUGAGGAGGCGCAAAGAGGGAUUGACUGAGGAAAAGGAGGAGAGACAGAGGGAGGUGGAGAGACUGACGAGGGAGGUGAUGGAGAGGGAUAUGCAAAUCAGCCAGAUGAUGGAGAGAAUACAGCGAGCAGAGAGAGAGAGGGAGAACCUGGAGGAGGAGGUGAAGAAGACAGAACUGAGUUUGAGAGAGGAGGAGGUGAAGAGGGAGGAGAGGAGGAGAGAGAUCGAGGACCUCUGUGACCGGCUGGAGAGAUUAGAAAGAGAGAAGGACGAGAGAGAGGGGGAGGUGGAGAGAUGCAGGAUGAGAGUGAAAGAAGUGGAGGAGGAGAUCAACACACUGAGAAAACGAGAGGAGGGAGAGAGAGAGGAGGUUGAGAGACUGAGGGGCAGAGUGGAGGAGGUGAAGAGGGACAGAGAGGAGGAGAGCAAAAAGAACGAGAGAUUGAAAGAGGAGAAGGAGGAAGCUGUAGGAGGACUGUCGGAGACGCUGAAGGAGAAGGUGGGGGAGAUGGAGCUUCUGAGGGUGAGGCUGAAUGUGGCAAAGGAGGAGUGUGAGGAGGUGAAGGAGGAGGUGCAGCGGAAGGAGUGCAGCCUGGAACGACAGAUGAACGCCGUGAGAGAGAGGGAGGAGGAAGUAGAGGAGCUGAAGGAGCGACUGAGGCUGUUGGAGGAGCGGGAGGAGGAGGGAUCGAGGGAGCGAGAGGAGGUGAAGGAGAAACUGAAGCUGAUGCAGGAGAGAGAGGAGCGGCUGGAGAUCCUGCUGAGAGAAACACGAGAUAUUCUGGAGGAGGAGAGAAAGGAGGGAGGAGAAAAAGACGAAAGGAUCUCCCUGUUGGUCAAAGAACUGAGAGACUCUCUUCAGCGGAUGGAGAUUCACGCUCUGAAGGAGGAGGAGCUGCGGAGGGCGGAGACGGAUAUGACGGUGCUGAGAGAGGAUGUGUGGAAUGAGCGGAGGAGGAGGAAGUACCUGCAGGGGGAGCUGUUAGGACUAACCCAGCAGACCGUGGAGGUGGAAGUUCUCGGUGUCUCCGCGCUCAAAGCUAACGGCUCCCGGUUGAUUCACGUGGUUCUGCCGGCUCGCGAGGCUUCGAACGUCAUCACAUACGUCAUCAACACAAGCCUCGAUACGCGCUUCACACAAAUCAACCCGAUUACUCGACACUCUUCGAAGCUUCGACACGGGAGGACACAUCAUUACAGGUAUGUCACGGUUGUGACCGUCGCUCGGUCUCCGUGUUUCCGUGUGAACGGAGCGAAGCGGCUGGUUCGAACGUUCCCUACGUCAUCAUCAGUGCCGGUGACGUCAGCGUUCGCACUGCAGCUUCAGGUCAACACUUCGCUCACGGUAGUUUCCGGUGUUAGCAUGCUAGCAGGCUAA